AUGGAGAAAAUACAGCACAAGAAUGUUGAUGUUGGGGAACUGAAAUUACAUGUUGCAGAGAUUGGAUCAGGUCCAGAUGUGUUGCUACUUCAUGGUUUUCUUGAAAUAUGGUAUUCAUGGCGCCAUCAGAUGAUUGCCUUAGCAAAUGCAGGAUUUCAUGCAAUUGCUCCAGACUUGAGAGGCUAUGGGCUCUCUGACCAGCCUUCUGAAAUAGAUAAAGGCAAGGUUGUGGACCUUGUGGAAGACAUGGCCGGCCUUCUUGAUGCCCUUGUCAUUGAAAAAGCAUUUGUUGUGGGCAAGGAUCUUGGGGCAACUGUAGCAUAUAGUCUGGACCUCCUGUAUCCUGAUAGAGUGAGAGGCAUUAUAACGUUGGGUAUACCUUAUUUGAGACCUGGUCCACAAAUCGUUGCAUUUGACCUUCUUCCUAAGGAUUUAUAUGUCAUUCAUUGGCAGAUGCCAGGAAGAGGUUUGGCAGAUUUCAAGCGUUUUGAUGUAGAGACUGUGAUAAAGAAUAUCUACACACUUUUCUCAGGAAGUGAAUUGCCAGUAGCAGAAGAGGGUAAAGAGAUUAUGGAUCUCUAUGACCCUGCAACUCCAUUGCCACCUUGGUUCACUGAGAAUGACCUUAAAAUGUACACAAGCCUGUACGAGAAAUCAGGAUUUGCUUUUCCUCUGCAAGUUCCCUACAUUUGUGCCACAAGAAGCUGGGGCAAAUUGGAGUCCAUCGCAAAUUAUAAGAUUGAAGCCCCUACCCUUCUAGUGAUGGGAAGAAAGGAUUUUUUCAUAAAAUUUCCAGGGAUAGAGUAUUAUAUAGAAAGUGAUAUGCUAAAGGCUGACGUGCCCAAUCUGGAGAUCAAAUUCUUAUCAGAAGGAAGCCAUUUUGUUCAAGAGCAGUUUCCCCAAGAGGUGAAUAAGCUUGUUCUUGAUUUCCUCAAACAACAGCUCCAAUGCUAA